GCGGCCGGUCCUGGUGCGCAUGCUUGGACGCCCACUAAGCCGCCCGGACCCGGGAGCAUCUGCAGCCGACCCAGCACCCCGAUCCGGGCGUCCCGCGCCCCGCCAUGACGGCUCACUCCUUCGCCCUCCCGGUCAUCAUCUUCACCACGUUCUGGGGCCUCAUCGGCAUCGCCGGGCCCUGGUUCGUGCCCAAAGGACCCAACCGCGGAGUGAUCAUCACCAUGCUGGUAGCCACUGCUGUCUGCUGUUACCUCUUCUGGCUCAUCGCCAUCCUGGCCCAGCUGAACCCGCUGUUUGGGCCACAGCUGAAGAACGAGACCAUCUGGUAUGUGCGCUUCCUGUGGGAGUGACGGCUGCGGCAUCAGCCCAGGUACCACGGCUCUCCGGAUCACCUUGGCUCAACUCUCCCCGGAGGCCCCUUUGUUCCACCCCCACAGCUGUGUCGUGAUCCCUCUGGGUUGAAGUAAUGGGAAAAUCAUUGACACCCAAAACACCAGAGUAGUUUGGGUCCAGAUUGAAA